AUGGAGACCGGCGUGGUGCACAUCCAACGAGGAGCUGCACCGGAGGAAAUGUGUCCCUGGGAGGGGAAAGGAGAGGCGACGGCUGGGGGGUGCACCUUGCCCACAUCCACCGCCUCCUCCUCGGCCUUGGACGCCUUCAACGGGACAUGGGAAGGCGAGGCCGACGACGGCGAGCCCAUGUCACCCAUCAUCCCCGUCAUCGUGGCCGUGUACUCGCUGGUGUUCGUGGUGGGCCUGGUGGGCAACUGCUUGGUCAUGUACGUCAUCAUCAGGUACACCAAGAUGAAGACGGCCACCAACAUCUACAUCCUAAACCUGGCGGUGGCGGACGCGCUGGUGACCAGCACAAUGCCCUUCCAGAGCACCGACUACCUUCUCAGCUCUUGGCCUUUCGGCGAGGUGGCGUGCAAGGUGUUCAUCUCCAUCGAUUACUACAACAUGUUCAUUAGCAUCUUCACGCUCACCAUGAUGAGCGUGGACCGUUACGUGGCCGUGUGCCACCCCGUCAAGGCCCUGGACUUCCGCACGCCUGUCAAGGCCAAAGUCAUCAACGUGCUCAUCUGGGUGCUGUCAUCCGCCGCCGGCGUGCCCGCUAUGAUCCUGGGCAGCACAAAGACCAACAAUGGGACAACGGAAUGUGCUCUCCAGUUCCCAGAGCCGUACAGCUACUGGGACACGCUGAUGAAGAUCUGCGUGUUCAUCUUCGCCUUCGUGGUGCCCGUCAUCAUCAUCAGCGUGUGUUACACGCUGAUGAUCCUGCGCCUCAAGAGCGUCCGCCUCUUGUCGGGCUCGCGCGAGAAGGACCGUAACCUGCGACGCAUCGCUCGCCUGGUCCUGGUGGUGGUAGCCGUUUUUGUGGUGUGCUGGACCCCCAUCCACAUCUUCAUCCUGGUCAAGGCUCUGUCGCCCCACGUGCCCGAGACCACGCCGGUCAUGGCCGCCUACUUCUUCUGCGUAGCGCUGGGCUACACCAACAGCAGCCUCAACCCCAUCCUCUACGCAUUCCUGGACGAGAACUUUAAGAAAUGCUUCCGGGACUUCUGCUGCCGCGGCGCCCGGAGGGACUGCCAGGGGGUGAGCCGGGUAAGGAGCACUCUGAGGGACCACUCGUGUCCCCCGGACAACCGCGGCGGCCCCAGGCAGGCCAGGCCCGUAUGACUAGCCAUGGACAUGUCCUCUGUGCCGGAACUAGAGGACUCCAAUGAUUUGUGCUUGACGCAGGUCACCACCGCUGUCUGAACCUCAUCUGUGAAGACAUGGUGGUCUGCUUGUGACGACACCAUGGUCCUAAUGUCACCGUGCUAAUUGUGGUGUCACCAGUGUGGUCCUAAACUUGUGAUACAAACCGUGUUGAUGAUGUCACCAUGGUGGUCCACUCAUUGCGACACAUCGUAGU